AUGGCUCUGGUGGGGACGGUGCCCGAGAUAUCGGAGGCCGAGUUUCGGAAGGUGAUUUCGAAACCCCUCAUCAAGAGCUCGGACAUGCCGCCAGAGAUCGUUCAAGAAGCCGUAGAGAUUGUCACCAUGUCGGUCGACAAGUUCAUCAACGUUAAGAACUACGAGGCGGCCGCGCAAUUGAUCAAGAACUCGAUGGACAAGAAGUUUGGGGCAUCCUGGCACUGCGCCAUCGGGGAGGGGUUUGGGUUCGAGAUCACCUACCAGCAACGAAACAUGAUCUACAUCUUUUACGGCCAGAUCGGGGUGUUGACCUUCAAGUGCUGAUAUUGUAGGUCCGGGUGGAUCGUGCUUUCGGCGUGCAGGCGUCAUUCUCUCUUCAAUCUGAGGAGGAGGAUUUUCUCCAACUCUUGCUGCGGGCAGACAAAGAGACUAUUAUUCGUGGUCGUUGUAUAUAAUAAUAAGGUAGUCAGUGUUGUGGAUGUAGUAAGCGUUCUCACCUAUUGAUCUAUACGUGUAUGCCAUGGGCCAAGCCCUCACCUAUAGAUCUAUUCGUGUGAGCCAUGGGCCAAAGCCCUCGCCUAUAGAUCUGUGCUUUAGUUUCUUUCCUAGGGGAGAGCACCGGCAUAUGUACGCAAUAAACCUCAUGUUGCGAUUUGUUCCGGUGUCCGUCCGUGUUGACGGAUUAGAUAUCGUGGAGUAACGUCGUGGGAGUAGCCUUUCGAUGGGGAAUGGACCGGGAUGUAUAUUCGGCAAGGUUCACUCGCUGCAGCAGCAGUAGUCGGAGCGGACGCAAGCUUGACGGCAGGAAAAAAUCAACACGGACGACCAAGGAGUCUAAGGACGAUCGAUUUAUGACGGUA